AUUAGUUGUGCUGGGCUGUUCUCCCUCGGCUGCUCGGCAGUCGGCACUAUACCUGCUAACUUUACAGGCUAAGUCUUUGUGGUCCGGUUGUCCGGCACUGGCCGUGCCCAUAGUAGAUCAAGAUGUUAAAGCUACCAUUUCGUGCGACAUUAUUAAACUGGGCUAUCUGCAGUAAAAAUUUGCCUCAGACUUCCUUGUUCCACUGUUUAACCGAAUCAUUAUCAUGGAAAUCAUCAAACAUAAAAAUAUCUUCUGAAAAAUUUACUGGUUCUCCACUUCUGUCUUGUCAGCCUUCUGGCCUGCAAGUGACAGUGCCUCAACUACAAUUGACUCGCUCAAUAAUUAAGUAUGAUUUGGAAACUGGAGAACGACAUUCUCACCCUGGAAUCUACAAGCGAUUCACCAAAUUACACUGGGGGGCAUGGAUACGACCUGAGAUAGGCCAGAACAAGAAGCUCUGGGCCAAGCUCAGUAAGAAGAAGCAUCAUUGCCAGCAGUUCUACUUUGUUCCCCAUGAAAAGGGUCAAAUAUUUGAUAAAAUGGUCACUACGUACUACCGCAUGAGACGCUACUAUCCAGACGACCCUCUGAGACCAUACCACGAGCGGGACAAUUUCAUAGGCUCCCGCAGACGAGCUGGUCCCGCUCACGACAGCCUGCCGCCGCCACGCCUCACCAAAGCCGACUUCGAGCAGCGCUGGUACGACGCGCAUAACCUGCCAAAGGAGACACCCUACAAACGACCAAUGCAUAAGAAGGUUGUGCCUAAGUCCCUUUUAGAGUGAGCGCUUUUAUUCAACCCUUCUAUUAAUGUAUAAACUAAUUUUUUUAACAGUACGUACCUGUACCUGCGUAAUCCUUGAAAUCUCCUAAGUUGGGUAGAAAUGCACAAGAAAUCCCCGUCUCAAACUCUACAGUUUGAGCUAAACAUGUUUAUCCUCGAGCACCGUUUAUAAUGCAAAGUAUACAGCUGUCAAAUUCAUGCUCUAUUUAGCUUGUGCUAUAGUCCUUAUCGUAGAUGGGAUCCCGUGCUACUUAUGAUGGCUCUACACAGUGCUUAUAAGAGCAUCAUCGAUCAGAGCAAAUCCUGUUUGUGAUGUGCUUUCUGUAUCAUGAGUACUUGCCAGCGUGGUUCAUUAUUUCCGAAUAUGCGCAGUAUAGAUCUUUUUGAAUUCAUUAAAAUGCUACGAUUCAUUCAAGAUUUUCUCUUCUAAUUUUGCCGAGAAUUGGGGCGCCACCAUCUUGUAAGCUUGAAUGUUAGUUAGUUUGUUAAUCUUGCACCUGUGAACAGAAGUUCCGUGCUGUACCGUGCCCGACGACAUCGGGCGUUCGGAUCGAAACACGGAAUAAAUUGCCAUUAACUUUCAUGCUCAACAACAAGUUUUUCGCAAUACAAUUGAUUUUCUUGUA